UUAUUACGAGUACUCCUAUUGUGAUUUUGAGCGGCUCGCCGACAUUAGCAAAAGUUAGACCCCGUUAUAAUCGUCUAUCAGCUUUGAAUGGGCAGUUUGUGUGUGAUAAAGUGACCAAAAGGACUCUAGAUACAUUCGGGAAAAUACCCAGAAGAGAGAAAUGAACAGUCGGCUUCAGGAAAUCCGGGAGAAACAAAAACUCAGGCGGCAGCUGUUAGCUCAACAGCUGGGAGCUGAGAGCGCAGACAGUAUUGGAGCUGUCCUCAACAGUAAAGAUGAGCUCAAAGAAAUUGAGGAGACAAGAGAAACAUGCAGAGCUUCAUAUGACAGCUCAGCUCCUCCCUCUAAAAAGAGAACGCAGACAGAGGGAGAAGACACAGAGGAGGAUGUGGAGGAGCAGAAGGAUGAAGUAGAGGUGCAGCAGCCAGAUGAAAACAACCCGUAUGAGGAGGUGUACAAAGAUUCAAGCACUUUUCUUAAGGGAACUCAGAGUUUGAAUCCUCACAAUGACUACUGUCAACACUUUGUGGAUACGGGGCACAGGCCACAAAACUUCAUCCGAGACGUUGGCCUGGCUGACCGAUUUGAAGAAUAUCCAAAACUCCGAGAGCUGAUCAGACUGAAGGAUGAACUCAUCUCCACCACCAACAUUCCUCCGAUGUACCUCCAGGCUGAUCCGGAGCAUUUCGACCUCCAGGAUUUGAAGUGCAAAUUUGAUGUGAUCCUGCUGGAGCCUCCUCUAGAGGAAUAUUACAGAGAGUCAGGCAUCAGCCACACUGAACGUUUCUGGACCUGGGAUGACAUCAUGAGACUGGAGAUCGAGGAGAUAUCUGCUCUCCGUUCGUUUGUCUUUCUCUGGUGUGGCUCUGGUGAAGGUCUGGACUUGGGCAGAAUGUGUUUGAGGAAAUGGGGCUUUCGAAGGUGUGAGGAUAUCUGCUGGAUCAAGACUAACAAGAACAACCCGGGAAAGACCAAGGCACUGGACCCAAAAGCAGUUUUCCAAAGAACCAAGGAGCACUGCCUGAUGGGAAUCAAAGGAACCGUACGUCGGAGCACUGAUGGAGACUUUAUCCAUGCCAACGUGGACAUUGACUUGAUCAUCACCGAGGAGCCAGAGAUGGGGAAUGUGGAGAAACCCGUGGAGAUCUUCCACAUCAUCGAGCACUUCUGUUUGGGCCGCAGGAGGCUGCAUUUGUUUGGACGGGACUCAACCAUCAGACCAGGCUGGCUGACAGUGGGCCCUACUUUGACCAACACCAACUUCAACCCCGAGGCCUACGCUUCACAUUUCGUUCCGCCCAACUCCCACCUGUCUGGCUGCACCGAGGAGAUCGAGAGGCUGCGGCCCAAAUCCCCGCCUGCCAAGCUGAAGUCGGACCGCGGCGGAGGAGCGCCCAGAGGAGGGCGCGGGGGACCAAACGCCGGAAGAGGUGGAGACAGAGGCCGAGAGAGAAACCGACCAAACUUCCGUGGAGACAGAGGAGGGUUCAGAGGCCGGGGGGGUCUGCACAGGGGCUUCCCACCCCGCUGAGGCCCCGAAACCUCACACAGAACCAGACUAAUCAUCUGAAAGCCCAUUUACAGUAUCUGGAAGCGCAAGAUCACACAAUAGGUUUGGUUAGUAUGCGGCAGCACAAGUCAGUAAAUGUGAUAUUUUUCUUUUUUUUAAAAAAAUGUUUUUAGUGUAUUAAUAUUUUUUAUGGCUCGAUUGAGAUUGGAGGGGUUUUGCCAAAAUAAACGUUCUUUUCUUUAA